ACUUUCACACCCAAAAAAUUGCCCCUCCUUCAGAUCGACAACCCCUCCAUCCCACUUUGAAUGUGCUGGUUGGGAGUAAUGGCUUUCUGCCUGAAAAGAAAACACUAACACUGUAGUUUUUAUAGAUGCAUGAAAAGUACCUGCUAGACAGAGACGUUUCUCGUAGUGUGUAUGUAUACAUAUCAGACAAAUAAUAUUGAAUUAAAUCCGGUGCAGACUAGUGUUUUCCGUUUACGCUCCCUUCCUUUGUUCCUUGUUUUCAAGAUCCGUCUUCGACCCGUUUUGUACCGCAGCAUCAAACACCCACCCACACUCGCACAACUCACACAAAACUUACCCUUCACACAUCCUCGCACCCCAGAAACCCACCCUACUUCAACUCUGUCAACCACCAAACGCGAUACUGUACUAUACUGCCAGGAACAGACAUCAUGCCUCCUAAGAAGUGGGACGACGAAGAGAGCGACGACAGCAGUUCCUCCGGCUCCCCCGUUGUCGGUGCCGGUGCCGCUUCUCGACGCAAGUUUGACGACGAAGAGGACGAUGGCGACGUUCUAGAUUCAUGGGACGCCGAUGACGACUCCGAGGCCGAGCGUGAGAAGGAGCGCAAGGCUGCCGAGGCCAAGCAGAAGGCUGCCGCAGCCGCUGCCGCAGCCAAGAAACCUAAAGGUCAGCGAAUUGCUGAACACCAGGCCGAGCGUGCCCAACAGAGAGCCGGUGCUGCCAAUGUUGAGGAAUAUGAAGAGACAGAGGCCGAGAAGCGUGAGCGACUCCGACGCACCGAACAGGAAGCCGACCUCGCACACGCCGCCGACAUGUUUGGAGAUAUUGGUAUCAGCGCCGGCCGUGCCAAGUCCCGUCCUGCUACUGUCGUCGUCGACUCCAACGACCCUACCAAGACCAUCGACAUUUCCAAGCUGCCUCUCUUCCAGCCUAAGACCAAGGCCCAGUUCGAGACUCUCCGCACCACUCUUACUCCCAUCAUCUCAGCCAACUCGAAGAAUGCCCACUACAGCCUGUUUCUCCAGGAUUUCACAAAGGCUCUUGCUAAGGAUAUGCCCAGCGAACAGAUCAAGAAGCUCGCUAGUACAAUGACUGCUCUGGGCAACGAGAAGAUGCGAGAGGAGAAGGCUGCCGAUAAAGGAGGCAAGAAGACAAAGGCUGCCAAGACCAAAACGUCGCUGGUUACUGGUCGCGCUAACGCCGCCGACACCACGACUUACGACGAUGCUGAUGAUUUUGGAGAUGAUGACUUUAUGUGAAACGUUGUUAAACAAUACAGCAAGGGUAGCUUUCAUCCAGAAGCUAAACCGCUGCUUCCCAUUUUAACUUAUACCUAUCUGCCCCCUAUCCAUCGAGUCGACUGUUCGCCAAGUUGGGCGACUCGAGACAUGCCGUUGACGCAAACAACACCCUGUGGUUUCAAGAUACUGCCAUGAAGCCCUCUUGGGUGCUCGGACAUAAGAAGGGCAGUAGAGAGAGGGUGGUGGAUCGGAGAGAAGUGUGCCUUAGACUCAAAAGAUGGUGAAUACACGGAAGAGUGGAGGGCGCCAAGGAUCAUACAUGGGAACGAUGCGGAACCAGCUUCACAGAGCAUAUUUCGUGCUCUUAGCAUACUCUUCAUACGGGCUUAGUUAUAUGGAAUUGCUUUUGACGACCAGACGCCACGGGCAUCUGAGGCAUAUGUUGAUUAGUGUCUCGGUUCGGAACUCGUUAGAUAAAAACUAGAGGGCGCUUUGCAAUGUAUUGGAAGAAAUGGCACACUGUUGGGUCUGGUCUGCAUAGCUCAUAGAUCAUGUUCAUUCGUAUACCGGAGGCUACUUAUGCUAUUUCAUGUGAUGAACGCUGCCACUAUGGCAAGGGUAUCUCAUCAGUUACCGCCCAUCAUGUUGCUCCUAUAAGCGAUUAAGGAGUAGAGUAAAAUCACGGACGAGGUCCUCAUCGUUCAUAUAUAAAAUUCCACCAACGCCAGCCACAGUCAGCCGUAUCAUAAACUUUCCAAUCUUGAACGCCUUCGUCGCCUUUCCUUUACACAAGUCAUUGCUCUUACACAACGCCGAUAAAAUAUACAAAGUCGCACACGUAUCGUCAUUCGACCCCCAUGCUCCGUUUAUACUCGAGCAGAGCAGGAGCCCGUGGCAGGGAACUCACACCACAUUGCCCGCCAUUCCCAUAAAGAGGGCAUGGACCGCAAGCGACAAGGUCCAGAACCCAACCUUUUUGAAUCGCCGAACACGGCUCUGUUGGUUUUCGACGUCAUUCGCAAAUGCAUCAUAUGUCUCCGCUGACAUAUCGUUCAUUAGACCACAGUCAAAGAUCGACCAGCUACCAUCGAAGUCGCUGGCUCGUUUCACGAUGCGGCAAUUGAUUGGUAUAUAUGUCUUCUUCGCGUUGAUAUAAGCGACGAUAGGACGGACCAGUGCCUGGUUGACGUAAGACAUAUCCUUGGUGAAGAGAGGUACUGCAGCUUUGACAUCGUUCAUGGAGAUCCGGAGGUCCAUGAUAAGGUAGCGACGCUCAUCCUCACUUGUCUGUGGCUCGACGGCUGGCUUUUCGCCGUGAAUAUCUCCAGCUGAGUCUGAAAGGUGCCCUGAUGUAAGAAGAGCAGGGCCUUGCUCUUGGAUGUUGCGCAUGAAGCGGUGCCUGUUUGUGUCGACGAUUUCUUCAAGCUGGUCGUAGAAGUCGGCCAUGACCUUGGUGAUGCCCUCGUCGGUGUCAGCGGGAAACAUGACAUCAGCAACAAUAUCAACAUUCCCUUCGUAUAUCCAGCCAAAAGGCCCUUCAACACCACGGUUGAGAUGGUCUAUCUUCAACCCAUCAAUUCGGAGCCGACUGAACUUUUUCCACGCCUUAGGAUCACCAAAACCGACCGAAGCUUCUGGGUCACCAUUGCCACUAGGUACCACGCCGUGGACUUGUCGGGGAUGGAUCGUAAACAGAGAACCAUCGUAAGACCCUGACAUAUGGUUGGCCGAAAGGAAAUCGUAGAACAGCCACUGCUUGCGAAGCUGGGGCAGCUCGCAAGAGAAGAUGCUGAUAGAGAAUGGCCGGAACCCGCCCGGUUGAUGAACGGUGAGUAAUAGGUCCUCCAUCUUGAACUUUUCGAUCUCAAAAUCUCCUGGUUGGUGCUUGUGACGAUAUGACAGAGGAUCGACCUCCUCGGCUGGCCAUGUCACUGAAGUUCGGUCAAUGACACCGCGAACACCCUUGAUUUCAACAUCUUUCAACAAUCCCUUGCCAUUCCACCAGUUCAGGAAUGACAACGUGACAUUGACCGUUGAAAGAGUGACAUCAAAUUGAGUGUAGUUUCCAUCGUCCUCAGUUUCAGACGUUCCCACGAGAUCUGCUUUGCGACCAGCAGCAGCCUCGGCGGCAGCAUCCGACGAGCCUUUGCUUACGGAUGAGACGUUGCCUUGGCCAGGUCGUCGAGACACAAAAACGUUGCGGAAAGAGAUAACAUUAUCACGCCACUUGGGAACAAUAGCAGACUCGAAAACAACGGUAACGCCAGCAGACUGUGUCAAAUAGUCACCUACCCAUUGCGCGAGUGUUUCUGGUGUACAUUAGCAUGUAGAUACUUCGUGCGAAACACUCUAUCAUACCUUGGGCAACAACAGUGUUGAUUGACAAAAUGAUCAGGGAGAAGAAGGUGGUUGUUCCGACGAUAAUCCAAGCGAGGUGGCCGAAGAGAAACCACGAAACAAAAGCACCCCAUUCGUCAAUAUUCCACGGUCUCAUACUUCUAAUCGACACCCAUUUUAAACGAACCUUGAGUCGCUGCCAAAAGCCGUUGGCGGCCUCGAGCAGUUCCUCUUUGGUUGGCCGAUGCGGCAUUCUCGGCAGGUGUAGAUAGGACAUGUAAGAGACUGGCUCAGACUCCGACCCUGUAGGGUCUUGUUUCCCGAGUUGACUGGAAACAUCUUUGCUUAUUUCGUUUAAUGUCGAAGCCUUGACCCUUUUCAGAUCUUCUGUUGUUUUAGCUGGUGUGGUGGAAACAUCCGUGAUAUCCUUGCCGCAAGAGCAUUUUGACCCAUUACCCUCACUGCUACCACUACCACUGUACAGUCGUUGCUGUUGCCAUGGCUUCGAUGACCAACAUGACCAGUGGGAUAUUAUACGAGUUGAGGUGUGCGUCGUAAGAGGGAUUAUUCGCUCGGGAACAAAUUUUCGAGGUUGAAUUGUAUGGCGCAAUGAAGAGGCUGGCGUGACAGGCACCACAUUGUCUGAGAUUGGAUCAAAAGUCUGACAUUUUUGGUGUGAAUGAAUAAAUCGAGUAUUUGAGGGCACGAUUGUCGCAGGUAAGAAUGACCAUUUCCGACUAAUUUCUGCAAGAGGACGUAUGGUAAUCGAAGAGAAUGUUGCUGGAGAAGAAUUGAAGCAGAUCCCAAAGCAACGCCCGAUCAGAGAAGAGGGGAUACCCUUGGCCAUCAUUCCAGCAUCAUGGUGCCUAACUGAAAAACAAUACGACACCGAGAACGUAAACAGGGCGAAGUCAGAGCCAAACGAACUUUGUUGUUGUAGUUAGGACAGAAGCAAGAUUACGGAGGAGGAGUUGGUCGGAGUUAAUGAUCGACAGAUUCCGUCACUGCAAAUGCUAACCAAAGCUGCACUUCCAUGGUUCUGGUUGGAAAAG